AUGGCGCGCAGGCCACCUGCCCUUCUGGGCCUGUUAGCCCUGGCUCUCCUUUGCUGGCCUUUUUUGAGGGUUAUUGCACAGAUAAAAGAUGAAGUUUCUGUCACAAAGCCUCAGGAGCUUCGGGAAGCUUUGUUGUCGGGAGCAACACAAAUCAUGGUCGCAGCGAACCUGAAUUUCAACUCUGAGAACUGGCCCGACCCUCCCGUUGCCAUUGCAAAACAAGUAACAAUCUAUUCAUUAUAUCGUUUCAAGCUGGACUUCUGUGGAAGCAGCGGCGCCCCUGCACGGCCGCUCAUUAACGUGACUGCACUUGGGAGUCUCCUGGUGCACCGGGUCUUCCUGCGCAACUUCCUGCCCAGCGUGCCCCAGAACCUGUCGGGGUUGGGUCCAGUGCCGGCCUUGCUGAGCAGUGGAGGACCCAUAUCCUUCAGAUUCGUCGUGUUCCACUUCCUUCCGGCGGUAACGUGGGUGUUUGACGCGUCGGUCUCGGACAGCUUUUGGGCACGGGAGGGUCGUACGACAGCCCUGUCCAACAUCUACACGGGGCAGCCCGUACAGCUGCUGCAGCCGGCGCUGUACCUGGUCAAAUACUCGAGCUUGCAGAACCUAACUGCCAAGUACUCCAUGGACACGUGUUUCGCCCCCAUGGACUUGGACUCGUGCUAUGCCGACGACGCGGAAGACACCGCCCUCAUCUACUGCCUCUACACCUUUGCCGACUCGCUCCGAAACCCAACUGUACGACACAUCCGUGUUUUUCACGACAUUGGCCUCGACCGCCUGGCCUAUAGGCGCUCCAGUCCCUUUGCCGUCAAUGGCUCGAAGUCCUACCGCGCCUGCCCCCGCUCCCAACCUUCGAUCAACUUAGAGAACCUUUACGCGGCAGUUGUCGUACGCGACGCCGUGGAUUUUACCGGCUUGCGGUUCAAGGCUUCCCUGGCUACGAAUUUUACGUCAUGGCCGCCAGAUUUGCCGGUGCUUCUGAGCUUGUUUGAUGUUGCGGGAUCGGGGGUGGUGUCGCUGAAUGACGUGGUGAUUGAUGUGCCGGACUUGGCGGGGCUGGUGGGGAGGUUGAAAGCGUUACCUGGGUGCUGUACGGCGGAUCCUACACGGCCGAAUUUGCGGCCGGAGCUGGACACGUGGCCGACGGCGGCGGAGCUUCAGGCCGCCGCCGCCGUGGCGGCGCAGCCCGUGAACGGCCGCGGCGUGAUUUACGACGCCUGGCGGCCUGACGCCGCCGCUGGCGGCGGCGGCGGCGGCGGCGAAGAUGACGUCAGCCGGCCUAGCGUCAGGAUACGGCACUGGGUUCUGACACGUAAUGCGUGGCAGUCGUACGCCGCCAGCGCGUUGAACACGUACGACGCAUUGAACGCGCCGUCGGCGGCGGCGUGGGGGUUUGGUAACGUUACUGUACGGCAGGCAGACAAUGCGAAUGCGCGGGCGUUGUGUUUUGGCGGCGCUUUGGAGCAGGGGACAGUGUUGCGUUCUGGCGUGACGAUGGUGGCAAGCGAAUUGGAGCUACGACAAGCUUUGAUCAAAGGCGGGCGAUACAUACAGGUGAUAUCGGACAUGAAGCUGACUGCUGCCAACUGGCCGGGGGGCGAUGCGGCCGUGGUCAUCAACGCGGGUAUUGUGGAGGUUCGCGGUUGCCACCCCCAGUACGGCAAGCGCUUCACAAUUGAUCUCUCCGAUCUCAACGCUAUCGUACAAGCCCGGGGCCGCCUCAUCUUUCAGGGCGACCUUCGUUUCAUUAACGUGGGCUGGGUGACCGUGAACCGGUCGCAGCUGAUGUCGGUGGCCUCGGGCGUGAGUGACGUGUCACUCCUGGGCGCGUUUGCCCCGGCAGCCGCUAGCGGCGUGGGCGCUGUGGAGUGCGAGGGCGUCGUCAUUGACGGCGUGUACGACCCAGCCGGCUUCCGAGCUGAGGAUCUGCUUGCCGUACUGCAUCUGAACCACAUGACGGCGGAGGUCCGGGCUCGUAACGCCACAUUGCGGGGUGACGGGGGCCUGACACUUGGGUUUUGGAGCGUGAAUCAAACCGCGCCACUGGGGAAGUGGGUGUUCACGAACACGGAUAUCAGUUGGGUACCAGUGGACGGCGACGGCGGCGGCGGCGGCGCCGCGGUGGGUACGGAUGCGCCGCCGCCGCCGCCUGACGGCGGCGGCGGCCGGGCCGCCGCCGCGCCAGUACAGAUCAUCGUACCGGGCAAGGGCCCUCUGGGUAACAUCAACGCGGCCAAGCGCGACAUGGUUGUUAUUUUGCUUCCAGCCCAUAUGAGCGGUCGGGAGCGGCACGAGCGCAUGGCGGUUAUGGAGGCCGCCAUCAGUUCGUCCUUGUCGCAUCCCAACAUUGUUCAGACAUACACCUACGGCGCGGAGCGUGUGGAGGGAGCUAAGGCUCGUUCUCUGGGCAUGCGCCUGGCGGGGUGCGUGUGUGGAAAGCCUGCAAGCCAACCUGUUCCCACAAAGAAAGUAGAUGAUAAGCCUUGCAAAGAAGGCCUGAAAGUUGACCGAGAGAUUUGUGUUAUAGGCAACCCCAAUGAUGAUCCUGAGGAGCUUGGCUCUACGGAGCCUUGCACUCAGGAGGCUGAGCAGCACUUCUGCUCUGCUAAGAAUUCACACCGCCUGUUCGAGGUUAAGCCUGAUGAGUUGCCGAACGUUUUAAAGGAGUUCAAUGUCAUGAAGGCACGUCUUGCUUACUACAUUUCGCUUGGCAGGGUGACUUGGGAGGCAGCGUGGGUGAGUUUGCGUCCCGAAGCCCAUCUCCUUCCGCGUAUGAUGCGUUUGGCUCAAGUCGCUACAAUCCUGCCAACACAUUUUAGCAAAAUUAAUUUGAAUCCAUACGGAGAGGAUGAUAACGAGGAGGUUGCGACGGACCCAGAGAUUGAAGUGCUGGUACAAGCAACAUACCCCGCUAGUGACGAUGAGGCUUUUAGUGACAGUGACUACGAGACCGACGUAGAACGAGAUACCGAUGAGUCGUCCGUGGAUGAGGAUUUUGUUGAUGAGGAGGAGGACGCGAAAGAGGAGCAGAAGGGAUGGGCGGCCGCGGCGGCCAAGGCGCUUGGCUUUCGCUGA